GCUGAUAUGGCUCUGUAACUCACUACAGUAGAAAGCAUGCCCUGAUGAACGAGUAAAUGUAAUGAAUGAAACGGAGAGUCCUAUAUCUACUUAAGCCCCACCUGAUACCCUGUCACUUUCUGAUAGACAGACAUCUCCUUAACGGCAUUUUGAAAAUUUCUGGCAGUGUUAGCUCGACUCUCAUCAUUUUAUAUCAGCUGAAAACGAUAAGGUACAGGAUGGAGAAAUUGAUCGUGGUUUGUGGAGCGACUGGGACUCUCGGAAAAUCCGUUGUUUACGCCCUUCUUGAAGAUAGUUCCGUGGCAGUUCGAGGAAUCACCAGUAAUGUCGAGGGCCGCUCGGCUACAGCACUUGCUGAAUUAGGAGUUGAAAUGAUGGCAGCUUCUGCGGAGGAUAAACCCUCACUGGAAAGAGCAUUUGGUGGUGCUUAUGGUGUCUUCAUAGUUACAGAUUUCUAUAAAAUCCAUGACCAAGCUAAAGAAAUUCAAAUGGGAAAAAACAUGGUGGAUGCGGCAAAGUCAGCUGAUGUGAAGCAUGUCGUGAUUAUUGGAGCUAAAUCCGUUAAGAAACUUUUGAAUAAAGACGUCCCCAGUAUGGACGAUAGAGCAGAAAUAGAAGAAUAUUUGUUUGCAUCGGGUCUAUCGGCUACUUCUCUGCAUUUAGCAAUGCCCAUGGGUGUUUUAAUGACGUUCCUGCAGAAGACAAAAGACGGGAAAAUAACAUUGAAUAUUCCUAUGGCAGGAAAGAAAUUGUAUUCAUACAAACAUAAGGCAGUAGGGGGACCUGUAGCGGCCAUUUUUAACGAUCCUGAGAAGUAUAAAGGUCUGACAAUUGGACUCGCCGGUGACCAUUUGACCGUCCAAGAGUAUUGUGACGUCAUCAAUAAGUUACGUGAUGAUAAUACUUUGUCAGCUGGAAAGAUGACCGCUAAGGAGUUUGUUGAGUAUCAACCACCUGCCAAACGACCAUUUGCGGAGGUAAUUUGCACUAUUUGUGAAUUUUAUCAGUCAGAUCAUCCGUCUUUCGACCUAGAGAAAACGAAGGGACUGCAUCCAGAGACUUUGAACUUUGAACAAUUCAUGUCAGGAGAAAUGUCUAAAUUACAAAAAAUGUUGAAGUAUUUGGAUUAAAUUGGUUGCGUCCAUCUGCGAUUUUGUUAAAAAAAUCAAACAUAUAUAGGAAGCUAUGAAAGUAACAUCCUCUAGCCAAGGCACUCGAAGCUGUUAUUUCCCUAAACGCGCCUGAACGUACAUGCUGAAUACUUGGUCUUAAACUAAAUGUGCGAGGUGAAGCGGCUCGGACCAAGUCUAGGUCUAGACGUUAAUAAUUACUUGUUAAGAAAAGCCCUACACCCAUUCAUAUUUGCGUGUAUAUAAGCAAUGACUGAGUAUAGGGUUUUACGAACAAAUAAAAUCAACAGUGACAUUUAUAUUGCGCUUCUUAUUUUGUGUUUCUAAGCUCUUUACUUGUAAUUAUCAUUACCCCGGUCGCUCGUUAGAUCCAUCACUUUUCCACUAAUAAAGUGCACCAUCUCCACUCCCUGGGGAGCACCCAGGUCAGGCAAUCGUUCUUAACCAGUUCACAUGCCAUUCUAAUAACUUCAAAUCUUACCAGGAACCCAUAUGGAUAAGCGCCUUGCAUGCCGAAUGCCAUUACAGGAUUUACAGCCUAGUGGAAUUCGAAUCCU